GUGUAGUCACGCUGCCACCAGAGCCAAACCACAGCACAUUACAUACGCCUCAUUCCGCUACCAUGGCAGAGAAGUCGAACACCAAUAUGCUCUUCGCUAACUUCAACCAGGAUUUCUCGUGCAUUUCCGUUGGAACUCGGAAGGGUUACAGCAUAACCAAUUGCGAUCCGUUCGGGAGAGUCUACACGAUGAAUGACGGAGCACGUGGCAUCGUCGAGAUGCUCUUCUGCACUUCACUCAUUGCGCUAGUCGGUGCCGCUGAUCAACCCCAGUCCAGCCCGCGAAAACUGCAGAUUGUCAAUACAAAGCGGCAAUCCAUGAUCUGCGAACUGCUGUUCCCUUCCUCUAUCCUUGCUGUCAAACUGAACAGGAAAACCCUCGUCAUUGUGUUGGAAGUUGAAAUAUAUAUCUAUGACAUAUCAAACAUGCGUCUUCUGCACAUCAUAGAGACCACACCCAACCCAGAAGCAACAUGUGCCCUCUCACCAUCCGCUGACAAUUCCUACCUUGCAUAUCCGUCCCCUGUACCUUCUCCUACCACUCCAUCGCCUAGUCAGGCAUCUACGUCACAGGCACCAUCCUCUAGUCACCAAUCUGGCGACGUUCUCCUGUUCUCUACACGCUCCUUGACAGUCGCCAAUGUAAUCCAGGCUCACAAAUCGCCAAUCUCUUUCCUUUCCAUUAAUUCGACAGGUACUAUGCUUGCGACUGCGUCCGACAAGGGUACCGUCAUCCGGGUUUGGAGCAUCCCUGGAGCAGAGAAAUUAUACCAAUUCCGUCGGGGGACCCGCGAGGCACGGAUACAUUCGAUCAACUUCAAUGUAGUGUCAUCCUUGCUUGCUGUCAGCUCGGCACAUGACACAGUGCACAUAUUCAAACUUGGACCCCAGAAAGCUCCGUCCUCGUCCAGUAAGAAGAAUGAUGGCUUAUCUAGCCCGCCCGAGUCCAUUGACGGCAGGGAGGGGUCUGCAGGGAUGGAUGGAGGUUAUGAAGCAUUCGCCGACGAACGCAAGAAGAGCGGUGUUUCCAUGAGUCUUCGUCGCAAGUCGAUGGCGAUGACCAAGACUCUGUCACAUUCAGUUGGGGGAUAUCUCCCUAACACAUUAACCGAGAUGUGGGAACCAUCUCGCGACUUUGCGUUCUUGCGACUGCCAUCAAGUGGAGCAAGAUGUAUUGUUGCUCUCAGCGGAACUCUACCGCAGGUCAUGGUCAUUUCGUCCGAGGGCUACUUCUACUCAUACAACAUCGAUCUGGAGAACGGUGGUGAGUGUUCCCUAAUGAAGCAGUAUAGCUUACUUGACCCUGAUUCGGCUGGUAUGGAGUAAUGGUUCUCUUCUGUUUUCUUCUUCGCGUGGAUGGUUUGGAAGUUCGCACUCGCCUUGUAUAAUGUACUCACAGUUUAGUUCAACGAGAAGUACUUACUAUCAUACAAGAUCAGUCGUAUUUUUCUACUCAACUUGUUUUGAGUUUUGUUGGCAGUGCGGUGUUUUCUUGCCGUUCGGAAACAAUUGAAGUCAAAUUCAGGUG